AUGAUCACUAGUACUCAUGACUAUCAGGUGGAACAGAGAUCUUGUUCAUUGGCGGGUCUCCUGACCUCUCCUCAUUUUCCUACGUUCUAUUCUUCCGGAGUCUCGGUGGGAUCAGAGAUCUAUUUCCCUGAUCACGGAUGGCCUUUUCCCUCCACGAAGGUUAGGGUCCUUGAUACUCGAUCUGGUACUAUACGGAUGGGUCCAAGCAUGAAAGUGGCUAGGUGGGCCCAUAAAGAAGCAAUGGGAGUAGUCGACGGGAAGAUAUACGUGAUUGGAGGAACUUAUGGGAAAAACCAAGUGGAAGUGUUUGAUCCAGAAACUCAAACCUGGGAGUUCGCAGGUGAGGAGAAAGUGCAAUGCAAUUCGCGGUUUAGUGCGUCGCUGGAGGACAAGGUUUACAUGGUGGACUUGGAACAUGGGAGAAUCAGUGCGUAUAGUCCGAGAGAAGGUAUAAACAACGUGGCGACAGAGAGGCUAAUUGAGCAUAUGAACUGCAUGUGUGUGGUAGAGAAUGUGAUAUAUGCUUGUUUUAAGCGGAGUGGGUUAAUGUGGUUUGACACAAAGCUCAAGGUUUGGAGAAGAUUGAUUGAUUCUGGUGGGAAGGCAACAUUGUGUUCCUUUAACGCUGGAAAAAUGGCGGAGUACGAGGGGAAGUUAGCGGUUUUUUGGACACAGAUUAAUACUAAUUUUGUGGAGAAGGUGGAUAUUAGGUGUAGAAUUAUCGCAUUGGAUAGGGUAGGAGAAGAGAUUCGUGGGAAGAUCGAGAGCUCUGGUAGUGUGGCCACAUGUUCGUAUUCCAUAACUUUAAGCCAUUGUUUAGUUGUGUCUGAUUGA